AUGGACGAACAACGGCCCUGGAGCAGGAGCGGCAUCAGUCCUCACGCGCGGUCCAUGUCGGAGCGAAAGGCGAAGCGCUUCAGCCUCACAUUCCCUAUCCAAACAUCCGUGUCGCCAACCUCGGCAACCCUCUCACCAGUCCUACCCUAUACUCCUCUGCUCGCCGAGAAGCCCACCCUAGCUGCUGGCCCGACCGAUUCUGCCUUUCUCACCGCACUGGCCGCCCACGAGCGGCGCGUACUGGAAUUGAGAGAGGAGUUGAUCAAGGCUGAGCAUGAACUACAUCGUCUCAAGCAAACAUGGGCUGCCCACGAAGCUCACAAGAAGCGUCAACACGACCCACGCAAGGUACACAAGAUGCAAUCCUUGCAUGCCACGCCCGACUCCGCCGAUCCGCUACUCGCCUCCCGACAGCACGACAUGGAGCGACGUAGAGCCUUGUUAAGCAGCAACAAGAAUUCAACCCGUACGGUCUUUUCCGGCUCUCGUCAUGCUCGUGCCUUGUCACUAUUGUCGCCUGACGCUGUGCGCCCGCCGCCACCUCGCUCGCAACCUCAGCCACGCCCUGAGCAAGACUCGUCACGACCCCCACACCCUACUCGCGUACCCACCGACGCCGAUUUGACCACCGAGGUGGCACGUACAGCAGACGAUGCUAUUGAUCUGGGCUUGCCUCGCGAGGUUCUGCUCAAGACUGGCAAACAAAUGGCUUCUGACUUUCGAGACGGCCUGUGGACCUUUAUCGAGGACUUGAGACAGGCUACUGUCGGCGACGAAGGCAUCAAUGGAACAACCUCACGAACACAAUCUCGCUCCCCGAAUCCUUCAAGGUCUCCCAGGCCUCAACCUAGUAGAGGUAGUCUCAAACCUUCGCCCAAUCCCCAGCCUUUGAAGAGAAGUGCCACAACCGGUAAUCGACGAACAGAGUCUCGCUCGCCAGCACCAUCAGCCGCCGAAGAAAUCGCAUAUCUCGAUAUUGGUAACUCAUUUUGGAAGGAACACGAGUCCACACCUGCUCCUAUUCUUCGCAAACCCUCCAAGAAGAAAUCUGCUCCUCCUCCCGUCAAGGUCAACCGUGCCUCGACGACUUCUCUCGAUGCAUGGGAGAAUUGGGAAGCCACUGUUCCUGACUCUGACCCGAAGCCGUCGCGAUCCAACUCGUCGAUCUCUGAGCUUCACACGUCCUCAAGCCCAGAUGACACUAGUCCCACAACCAGCACAAGUUCAUCCAGAGACACAAAGAGGGACUCGUUACCAUGGCCUGCGCUGAACAAACUAGCCCCGAGCAAUCUUAGACGCACUGCUUCACAUCUCAUGAACGAGUGGGAGAGAAGUUUGUCUCCUACCUUGGGUGAUACUGAUAGGCAGGGCGAUUAUCUGGAAAGAGCUAUUUCCCCUGCAGGGUCUUUCAAGGAGACCAAGAACGAUUGA